AUGGCGGCAGCGGCCGAGCGCGGCGCGGAGCUGCCCGCGGAGCCGCCGCGCGGGGCUCGGCCGCCGCCGCUGGGCCCCGAGGAGGUGGCGAGGCGCCUGGCGAGCACCCGCCGGGAGCUGAGCAACAGGCGCAAGAUCCUGCUGAGGAACCUGCCGGCCGAGAGCAGCAGCCAGGAAAUCCAUGACUUAUUUAAAGAUUAUGAAAUCAAGUAUUGUUAUGUGGACAGAAAUAAAAGAACAGCGUUCGUUACUCUGUUAAAUGGAGAGCAGGCUCAAAACGCGAUUCGGAAAUUUCACCAGUAUUCUCUUCGGGGAAAAGAAAUAUCCGUGCAACUCCAACCAACAGAUGCUUUGCUGUGCGUUACCAAUUUGCCCAUUUCUUUUACGUUAGAAGAGUUUGAAGAACUUGUGCGUGCAUACGGCAAUGUCGAGAGGUGUUUUUUGGUCUAUAACGAAGUUACUGGCCAUUCAAAGGGCUAUGGCUUUGUGGAAUAUAUGAAGAAGGACUCUGCUGCAAAGGCGAGACUGGAACUUCUGGGGAAACAGUUAGACGAGAGCACACUCUUUGCACAGUGGAUGGAUGUGAACCAGCUGACCACAAAUCUUAUUCACUCCAAGUGCCUUUGUGUAGAUAAAUUUCAGAGAGACUACGCUGAUUCAAAAGAACUGAUCCAAGCUUUCUCGCUAAAGUAUAAACCUGUUUUCUGCCAGUUUGCUCAGGAUGAAGACAGUUAUAUUGGUGACUUUGCGGUGAUUGAGUAUGAAACUGCAGAGCAGGCUGAGAAAGUACAAGAAGUCACCGAUGGCAUGACUAUCAAAGGAAAGAGAGUCCAGGUGUCAUACUGUGCUCCGGGAGCGCCGGGCAGAAGCACAUUAGCAGCACUUAUAGCGGCACAAAGGAUGAUGAGGAACAAUAGGAAAGGCUUGCUUCCAGAGCCAAACCCAGUGCAGAUUAUGAAAAGUUUUAACAAUCCAGCAAUGUUGCAAAUGCUACUGCAGCCCCAGUUGCGUGGACACGCUGUUAAACCUGCAGUUCUUGGAGCAUCUGCAGGUUUACCUCACCUUAUAAAUUCAGCAGUUGGCCCACCUUUUUUGCAGUUGAAUAAAGUUCAUCAGAGUUCAAUUCUGGGGAGUACAUCUAACUUACUGCUGCAGAGCCCUGCUCACCUACCAUUGCCGCAGCAGCAGCUGAUGAAGAUUGAGAAUAUUCAGGCUAAUAGUAAACCGGGUUUGCUGGGAGAACCUCCAACAAUGCUGCUUCAGACAGUACUGGGAAUAGGGGUAAUGCCAUCAGUGAGUUCGGGCAUGGGAACCCGUGGAGAAGCUCUUAAGUCAUCUAAUCUGACUCCAAUUCAAACAGCAACAGCAGCAGCAGGGAUGGGCAUGCUGCCAUUCUUUCCGAAUCAGCACAUUGUUGGACAAGCUAUACCAGGGCAAAAUAACGCUCCAGAUAAACAAUCGACUACCGAAGCGGUUGUCUCGGGAUCACAGCCUUAUCAUCAGACCUUAACAAAUCUUUCUGCGGGAGCUUUGCGGGCUGGACAUGCCAAACAACAAAAUCAGCUAAAAAGUACUGAUACAAGUUUGGGGACUCCCUUGAAAAAACAGACUUCACUGCUAGGAGAACCACCAAAAGAAAUACGUCUUAGUACCAACCCCUACUUGAAUUUGGCAAGUGUGUUGCCUGGUAUAUGUCUUCCAGCAAUUGCCAGCAAAGCCUCUAGUACACCGCAGCAGACUGGACUUUCGAACAACAUCGUGGAUGCUGCUGUGUCUCAGGGAACUACAUCACAACACGCAAUGGAAAAUUAUUUUAAUUACUCUCAACAGCAUGGGGAAUACACACAGGAGGCUGUUCAGCAGUGGUAUCAGCAUUAUGCUCAGGCAUAUAACUCUACCCAGGCAAGAGUCGAUGAAUUUGAAAAUGAAGCCUCUGAGGAAUCUACAGGUGGAUCUUACCCAGACUACAGUACCUGCUUGCAGGUCAUGCCUACACUUUACAGUGGAGCCCAGGGAUCAUACCAGCCAGGCAGCUUGCAGCUUCCUCCACAAACCCCAUUAAAUAAGGUGGCUCCAACGAGAAGUGAGAAGCGAGGCUCUUCGUACCUCAUUUCCUCCCCAGAACCUGGCCCAAUGGAGUACCUUGGCCAGCAGACUCAGGGCUCCGCAGUACGUUACGCAGAAUCCUCUCUAAAAAAAAAGCGUGUUUAUUGAGACCUAAAUAAUCACUCCUGCCUUAGGGUGUAAAGGCAGGCUUUUCGUACCUCUGCUAUUUAUUGCUGCCUUAACUUCAGACAAAUAAUUCUUUCUGUGGGGGUUUUGAGUAUCCCAAGAGGAACAACCCUCUGUAACGGGCAAAUCUGCCAAGGAAACGGUACGUAUUGCUGUGAGGUUAGCCAUUUCUCAGUAGUCUGACUUGCCUUCUGAAAGGGUGGCAUCAUGUUUCCUUUGUCGUCUGCCACUGAAACUAACAGUGGGCUGAAGCUGACAAAGCAAAAAGUAACUCGGUGAGUUUUGGUAAUUUGCCAGCCGAAAGCAAUAAAAAUACUGAGGAGGGAACGCUGAGCCUUUCUCUAGUCCUCAGACUGAGGAAGCUAAAAGAUGAAGUCUUGAUAGUGAUUUUUUUUCUUAUUUUUUUAACUCAGAAUGUGGGGUUUUUUCCAUCUUACUUUUUCCAGGAUUAAGAGUUCUGCAUUUACAGCCUUUAUAUUUUUAAUAUUUCUCUUAAUCCUGGAAUGGAGAUAUACCAAAUGUAUUACCAGAGCCUCUGUGAUGUUUUCAAUAAAUAUUUGUUAAAAGUGAGAUGCUAUACUGUGUGCUGCCUUGCAAUAUUAAAUUCGAUUGGGCUAGGUGAUGCUUGGACAAUGAAGUAACCUCUGUCUGCUUUUAGGCCAAGAAUCCACAGCUUUUCCUUGGAAUAAGUAAUUUAUGGUUUGUGAAUGCAGCUGUGUAAAACGGUGUUUGUGGCAAAGCACUGUCCUCCUUCCGACAGGCACGCGUGUCAGGAAGGUAGGGCUGCCAGC